UUCAGUGAAUCGACUCCUCGCCGAGUGAACGAUCCCAUUGCUUCUUGCUUCACAGCUGCGAUGUGGAAUGUCGCUGAAUGUUUCUGGCAGGAACAAUCAUCCAAAUUCGUGGAUUUGUAGCUAACAAUAUAAUGAGAGUUGGUGUCUUUGUAUAGUCACAUCACAGUCGCAUAGCUUCUUAACUUUCUACUGUAGUGUCGUUACACCAAGGGCUAAAAUGUCGGCAUCGGAAGGAGCCAAAAACACGAAUACGGAACCAUGGGGUGGUUUUGAUGACAACAUUAUGAUCCAGGGCAGUAGCUCAGCGGUUAUAGACAUGGAGAACAUGGACGACACGUCUGGCUCCAGCUUUGAGGACAUGGGAGAGAUGCACCAGCGUAUGAAGGAAGAGGAGGAGGUGGCAGCCGAGGCGGCAGCUACUGAGGAUGACGCUGGAGAAGAUGGAGAGUUCCUCGGCAUGAAGGGCCUUAAAGGCCAGUUAGGGAGACAAGUCGCCGAUGAGGUUUGGAAAGCAGGCAAGCGGCAGGCCUCAAAAGCCUUUAACCUGUAUGCUAACAUCGACAUCCUCCGACCUUACUUUGACGUUGAGCCUAUUCAAGUGAGAAACAGAUUAAUUGAAUCCAUGAUUCCGCUCAAAAUGAUUAAUUUUCCACAGAAAAUUGCUGGGGAGUUGUAUGGACCAAUGAUGCUGGUGUUCACUAUGGUGGCCAUCCUCCUUCAUGGCAUGAAGACUUCUGGAACUGUUAUUAGAGAAGGAACACUGAUGGGAACUGCCAUUGGGACAUGUUUCGGCUACUGGCUUGGAACAUCCUCCUUCAUCUAUUUCUUGGCUUACCUUUGCAAUUCUCAGAUCACCAUGCUCCAGAUGUUGUCUUUACUAGGCUAUGGUCUCUUUGGUCAUUGCAUGGUCCUUUUCGUCACCUACAAUGUCCACUUUCAUUCCUUGUUCUAUAUUUUGUGGCUGGUAAUAGGAGGACUUUCUACUCUUCGGAUGGUGGCCGUGCUGAUUUCCCGUACUGUGGGUAAAACUCCUCGUCUCAUUUUGUGUGGAACCCUGACAGCUCUCCACAUGCUUUUCCUGCUCUAUCUGCAUUUUGCCUACCACAAGAUGGUCGAAGGGAUCCUGGACACCCUAGAAGGACCCAAUGUCCCCCCCAUUCAGAGAGUGGCCAGAGAUGUCCCUAAUGUGGCUACUGUUGUUAUGAAUUCCACAGUGAAGUCUAUGGCUGCAAUCAUACACUCACAGUAAUCAUUUAUUCUGAUGCUUUUCUCUUUGGACAAGGAAACUGGUUUGGGUGUAAACAAACUGGGCACAGGAGCGUAACAAAGGUAGUUCAUAUCUACCACCUCAGCAAGGUGUCAGUCCGGCUAUCAGUUAAAAAAUAAUGUUUGACGCAAUGACCAACACAAGUUAUGGUCAUAUGGUGGUGUAAUCGGAUCUUAGACAUAAAAAAAAAAAGAUGCCUAACCAUUCCUUAUCUUCAGUUCUUUGGGUCUUAACUAUAAUUUAAGUUCCCUGAGAUUAUCUGCUGUUGCAAAAUCUUGUUAGGCAACAGGAAAAUUUGCUGUAAGUUGCUAUUAUUGCCAGAGAACACAGUCAUUCUUUUUCUGCUAUAUGGCAACACUAAAGACUCGUUCAUGUAAGUAAAGUGCAAUGAAGUUUGCCUGAUGCAUCACCACAUGCACUUAUUCAUUUAAAGUUUUGUAAAGGUGAAUUUUAUUUCAGCUAUAAUUUACCAAUUUUAUAAACACCAUCUCAUGUCUAAUAUUGGACCUUUUUCUAGUUGUGGGAAUUUUUGAGUAAUACCUUCAAAAUAAGAGAAGCUUCUAACUGCAACAAUUUAUCCUUGUCAGGACAACACUAUUUAUUAUUAUAUUUAUGUUAAAAAUUUAAAAAAUCCUUUACUCUAUAAUCAUAUACCCUUCACUAGAUGAUGGAAACUUUAAAUAGAAUUGGAUUAUAUAUGCAGUCGUAACUGAAAUUGAGAUUCUGUUAUUUUAUUAGUCAUCUUGGGUAAAAUUCCUUAAAAUUUGUCUGUUUCCACACAAGUGUCAUUUCCGGCUGAUUAGUAUCUUUUACUCUAAAAGAUGUUUGGUUGAGGAGAAAUUCACCUUUAAUGAUAUGUUGAGCUCAUACUUGUGCUCAUAUUGCAAGUUAAAAAUUUCCUGCAGAUGUUCUGCAGAUCUUGGGGGUCCACUGAAAAUGAAAUCUGUAAAACCGGUUGUUUCUUUUAUGGGGUUUAUUGGUACUUUUUAUCUGGGCAAAGAAAAGCAGGUUUAUUGGUUUAAAAGAUUUUUUUUUUUACAUAUUGUUUGUUAACAUCACAGCUUCUGCUUCUUUUUCCAAAAUCCCAACUUUGAUGAAUACUAAAGAUAUGAAACAUUAAGAAUAUGAAAACCAUUACAUUGAUUGUGGCACAACAUGGCUUGCUCCCAAAUUUAAUGUUAUUUCCAAGCAGAAACAUAUAUGGUCAAAUUCCUUAUUGUACUUUCUACUUGGGCAAAAAUUAAUUUAGUAAAAGCAAUUUCUCGAUGCAGAUAUGAAGUGAUCAUGUAUUUAUGGAUUCACUUUUUUUAAAAAUCUGUUUUAUUUGUCAUGUACUCCUCCAUACACUACUUGGAGGAUCUGUGGGUGUGAGAUUAUGGAUAUUAACAUGUGUACUUUGUAUUUAUAGGGUUGCUGUACAGAGAAAAUUUAGAAUAAAAGUAAUGUAUUAAAACAAGUUCUUUCAUGCUGCAAAUUCAUAAA